AUGCCUCCUGCGUCUGGGGAUACGUCCCCCCAGAUCCGGGAACCCAUGGACGGUUCAGAUGCAGACACCUUAUUCACGAGCAGUGACUAUGAGGCUAGACGUGAGAAUCUAAGAAAUACAAACCCUCACGGCCAGACCCGCCCGACAAGUGGAGUUGAUGUGAGGAAGGCUGAGGAGGAAUUCGCCGAACUGAGCAAGCAGCUGUCUGGGAUUUCCCACCGUUCCAGGCGUCUUUCCCGCCAGCAGUCACACCGACUCAAUGAGAAAUCCCCAGAGGAAAUCGAGGAGUCGUCCACAGAAGGAGAGCACUUUGAUCUUGAGAGUGCCCUUCACGGCUCAAAGUCUGCUGAGGCGGAGGCUGGUAUCCGACCGAAACAAAUUGGUGUUGUCUGGGACGGCCUUACCGUUCGAGGAAUCGGCGGCGUGCGGAAUAUUGUUCGUACUUUUCCAAAUGCAGUUCUGGACUUUUUCAAUGUCCCGCAAACCAUCAUGCACAUCUUUGGUUGGGGGCGGAAAGGAAAGGAGUUCAAUAUCUUGAAAGACUUCAAAGGUGUCGUCAAACCCGGUGAGAUGGUGCUGGUGCUGGGCAAACCAGCCGCUGGCUGCACGACGUUCCUCAAAGUCAUCGCGAACCAGAGAUUCGGCUAUACUGGUGUUGACGGUGAAGUUCUAUACGGGCCCUUUGACGCCAAUACCUUUUCGAAGCGCUUCCGGGGCGAGGCCGUUUACAACCAAGAAGAUGAUAUUCAUCAUCCAACCUUGACCGUUGGCCAAACCCUUGGGUUUGCGCUUGAUACAAAAACACCGGGCAAGCGUCCCGCUGGCAUGUCCAAGGCUGAGUUCAAGGAAAAGGUCAUCAAUCUCCUUCUUAAGAUGUUCAAUAUUGAGCAUACGAUCAACACCGUGGUUGGUAACCAGUUCGUCCGCGGCGUCUCGGGAGGCGAGCGAAAGCGUGUCAGUAUUGCAGAAAUGAUGGUCACGUCCGCCACGGUUCUGGCUUGGGAUAACACCACUCGUGGCUUGGAUGCCUCAACUGCGCUCGACUACGCCAAGUCCCUCCGGAUCAUGACGAACAUCUACAAGACAACGACUUUUGUUUCUCUUUAUCAAGCAUCGGAGAAUAUCUAUGACCAAUUUGACAAGGUCAUGGUGAUCGACUCGGGCCGCCAGGUGUACUUUGGCCCUGCAAAAGCGGCGCGAGCAUAUUUCGAGGGCCUAGGCUUCAAAGAAAAGCCUAGACAAACCACGCCUGAUUAUCUUACCGGCUGCACUGACCCGUUCGAACGCGAAUAUAAGGAAGGCCGAAACGCAGAAAAUGCGCCAUCAACUCCGGAGGCGCUUGUUCAAGCGUUUGAGCAGUCCCAGUUGAACAAAGAUCUCGAAAGCGAGAUCACUACUUACCGCGCCCAGUUGGAGCAGGAGAAGAAUGUUUAUGAAGACUUUGAAAUCGCCCAUCGCGAGGCAAAACGUAAAUUUACCUCCAAGUCCUCAGUAUAUUCGAUCCCGUUCUACCUUCAGGUCUGGGCUUUGAUGCAACGGCAAUUUUUAAUCAAGUGGCAGGAUAAAUUUUCUCUUGUUGUCUCAUGGGUUACGUCUAUCGGUGUUGCCAUCGUGCUCGGUACAGUGUGGCUCAAGCUCCCCAAAACCAGUGCCGGUGCUUUUACCCGUGGUGUGCUUUGUGGAUUGCCCAAAUCAUCGUCGAUUUGGCGUUCGCUUUCGGUGCAGAUCUUCAUCUUCAGCAUUAUCGUCUACUUCAUGUGCGGUUUGGUUCUGGAUGCCGGAGCGUUCUUCACAUUCGUACUUAUUAUUAUCACGGGCUACCUUUCUAUGACCCUGUUUUUCCGUACUGUUGGAUGCGUGUGUCCAGACUUUGACUAUGCACUCAAGGGAGUCUCCGUCCUUAUCACGCUAUUUGUGAUAACUGCUGGUUAUCUCAUUCAAUGGCAAGAUCAACAAGUUUGGCUUCGCUGGUUCUUUUACGUCAAUUCCGUGGGUUUGGGAUUCGCUGCGUUGAUGAUGAACGAAUUCAAGCGGCUCACCAUGACCUGCACGCCGGAUUCCCUCAUUCCAGCAGGGCCAGGUUAUAACAAUCUCUCCCACCAAGUUUGCACUCUUCCAGGUGGUGACCCAGGGUCAAGCAUCGUCCCGGGCACGAAUUAUCUUAAACUUCAGUUCCGAUACGACCCCGCCGAUCUCUGGAGGAAUUGGGGAAUCAUGGUCGCCCUUAUUGUUCUGUUCCUUUUCACGAAUGCCUACCUGGGCGAAACGUUGACGUAUGGGGCCGGAGGGAAGACAGUGACUUUCUUUGCGAAGGAAAAUAACGAGUUGAAACAGCUUAACCAGAAGCUCCAACAGAAGAAGGAAAAUCGACAACAGAAAAAGGUUGACGAGUCCGAAUCGAAUCUCAAAAUCGAAUCCAAGGCUGUUUUAUCUUGGGAGGACCUCUGCUAUGACGUCCCAGUUCCCGGUGGCACGCGUCGUCUGCUUAACAACGUCUUUGGAUAUGUUGAGCCAGGAAAACUCACAGCGUUGAUGGGCGCCAGCGGCGCUGGUAAGACUACGCUGCUUGAUGUAUUGGCAUCACGAAAGAAUAUUGGAGUUAUCAGUGGUAAUGUUCUCGUUGAUGGUCGAGUGCCGGGAUCUUCGUUCCAGCGUGGAACAUCCUAUGCUGAGCAACUUGACGUGCAUGAACCGACGCAAACUGUCAGAGAGGCACUUCGAUUUUCCGCUUCACUACGUCAGCCUUACGAUAUUCCCGAAGAAGAGAAGUUUGCUUAUGUCGAAGAAAUCCUCUCGCUGCUUGAACUCGAAAACCUUGCAGAUGCCAUCAUUGGAAGCCCGGAAACUGGAUUGUCCGUUGAGGAGCGAAAGCGUGUCACAAUCGGCGUGGAACUCGCUGCCAAACCACAGUUGCUACUUUUCUUGGACGAGCCAACGUCCGGUCUCGACAGUCAGUCUGCUUUCAACAUUGUUAGGUUCCUCCGGAAACUAGCCGCUGCUGGCCAAGCAAUUCUCUGUACUAUCCAUCAGCCGAACUCUGCACUAUUCGAAAACUUUGACCGUCUGCUUUUGCUCCAACGUGGUGGUCAAUGUGUUUAUUUCGGUGAUAUCGGACAGGAUGCACGCGUUCUCCGAGACUACUUCUACCGCAAUGGCGCUGAUUGCCCACCAAACGCAAACCCGGCUGAAUGGAUGCUUGACGCAAUUGGUGCCGGACAGACCCCGCGAAUUGGCAACCGUGACUGGGGAGAUGUUUGGAACACCUCCGCAGAGUUCGCUCAAGUGAAGCAAAAGAUCAUUGAUAUCAAGUCUGAACGCAUGAAGGCAGCUGAAGGCGCAGCUACGUCGACUGAAGUCGAGAAGGAAUAUGCAACGCCAUUAUGGCAUCAGAUCAAGGUGGUUUGUAGGAGAACGAGCCUUGCUUUCUGGCGUUCUCCAAACUAUGGAUUCACUCGACUUUUUAGUCACGUCGCGUUGGCCUUGCUUACUGGGUUGGCUUAUCUUCAGCUGAAUGACUCCCGAUCUUCUCUUCAAUACCGCAUUUUCGUUAUUUUCCAGAUUACUGUCAUUCCGGCGCUCAUUCUAGCUCAGGUGGAGCCAAAGUACGACAUGUCCAGGCUGAUCUUCUACCGCGAAUCCGCAGCCAAGGCAUACAAGCAAUUUCCUUUCGCGUUAUCGAUGGUCAUUGCGGAGAUUCCUUACAGCAUUCUCUGCGCAGUUGGCUUCUUCCUCCCGAUCUAUUAUAUCCCGGGAUUGCAACCAGCCAGCAGCCGAGCUGGAUACCAGUUCUUCAUGGUUUUGAUCACCGAAUUCUUUGCCGUCACGUUGGGCCAGACAAUAUCAGCCCUGACACCCAGCACGUUUAUUGCUAUGCUUUUAAAUCCACCUAUUAUCAUCAUUUUCUUCCUCUUCUGCGGUGUCUCCAUCCCCAAGCCCGCGAUCCCCAAGUUCUGGCGAGUAUGGUUGUACGAAUUGGAUCCCUUCACGCGGUUGAUGAGUGGCAUGAUCGUCACAGAGUUACACGACAGACCGGUGAUAUGCAAACCUGAAGAAUUGAACCGAUUCGUUCCGCCUCCGGGACAAGACUGCGUCUCGUAUAUGAAGGACUUUUUCGCCAGCGGUGGUUCCGGGUACCUGGCGAAGAAUGCCACUGAUAUAUGCGAGUAUUGUGCAUACAAAGUUGGGGACGAGUUCUAUAAACCGUUUGGUAUGGAGUUUGACCAUAGAUGGCGGGACCUGGGUAUUUUCCUGGCCUUCAUUGGGUCUAAUCUGAUUCUGUUGUUCAUUGGGUCACGAUACCUCAAUUUCAACCGCAGGUGA